GCAGUACGCAGGCGCGAGCCCCGGCAGCAGGCUGACUCCCCGAGCGUCGCUGAAAGUUUUGGUUAGCUGUUAGCUCGCGGAUAAGCUAAGCUAAAAUACGCUACGCUAAGUGUGUGUAGUGGGGGGUUUAUUAGACUCUCAGCAUGGGGCUGACCAUCUCCUCACUGUUCGGGAGACUGUUCGGGAAGAAACAGAUGAGAAUUCUGAUGGUGGGUCUGGACGCUGCAGGUAAAACCACAAUAUUGUACAAGCUGAAACUUGGAGAAAUUGUGACUACGAUCCCAACCAUCGGGUUUAAUGUGGAGACUGUGGAGUACAGGAACAUCUGCUUCACCGUGUGGGAUGUUGGUGGUCAGGAUAAAAUCCGUCCUCUGUGGAGACACUACUUCCAGAACACUCAGGGUCUGAUCUUCGUGGUGGACAGUAAUGACCGAGAGAGAGUGGCCGAGUCUGCUGAUGAACUCUCCAAAAUGCUGCAGGAAGAUGAGCUGAGGGACGCCGUGCUGCUGGUGUUCGCCAACAAACAGGAUCUGCCCAACGCCAUGCCGGUCAGCGAACUCACAGAUAAACUGGGCCUGCAGAGUCUGCGCAGCCGAACGUGGUAUGUCCAGGCCACGUGUGCUACACAAGGAACCGGGCUCUAUGAGGGACUGGACUGGUUAUCCAACGAGCUGUCCAAACGCUAAUGCUGUCCUCCACCUCACACACCGAGAGAGAGAGAUGUGUGUGUGUGUGUGUGUGUGUGUGUGUAUACGGGUGAUCAAUCUACGAACUCUGUUCUGAAGAACCAGUGUGUGAUGGAUGGGAUUAAAAGCGGGGGGAGGGGCUAGUCAAUCCAAGUGCUACCACCCUCGUGUUUCCAUUUUUUUCUCUUUUUCUCUGUACUCUGUUGUCACUUUUUGUUUUCUUGCAAUGAUCCGACUUGUUAGUAAGGAGAUGUAACGGGCCGGCGUCACUUCACCCGUCUGUUUCAGUUCUUAGUAAAGGAACAUGCCACGCCCACUUGGGUCAGUGCACCGAUUACAUAAUAAAGUAGGAAGAUGUGUGUUAUAAUUUGCACCGGUUGAACUUUGUAGAUUUGCAGCGACACUCGAGUUUAUGAGCUGUUCAAAUGUCCGGUUCUCAGGAUCUUUAGUCUCGUUAAUUCAUUAAACCAAUUGGUUAAUUGGAUAACUAGAAAUAUUCA